AUGGAUUCUGAUGACGAAAUUUUUCUUACACAAAGUAAAUUUAAAGAAGUCCAGAGUUCGGGGGAAGAUACCGAUAGUGUAUUAAAUGAUAUUUUAGACUUACAGGAGGAAAAAGAAAAUCAGAAUUUUGAUCUUAAGCUGGACAAAUACAGUGAUAUUUCGGAUGAUGAUUUGGUUCAAGUGGCUGACAAGAUUCUUAUGGAGUCGCAGACGGGCAAUAUUAAGACUGAAGAAAAAGAUCAGCGUUUCAAAGAACCCAUUUCUGAUUUUGAACGUGAGAGAAUUGCUGCGUCAAGAUUUGCUAAUAAGACUAUGUCUAAAUCAAGAUGGGCAGUCAAUUUAUUUAAUUCCUGGAUGAGAAAUAGACAAGAGAAAUAUGGAAAUAGGGAUGACCUUCAAAAAAUUAGUGGAGAAUUGCUGACCAUGAACCCUGAAAUGCUUAAUUAUUCUUUGGGGGCAUUCAUAACUGAAGUACGCAAAGAAAAUGGGGAAGAAUAUCGUGGUAACACCUUGUAUGAAAUUAUAAUAGCUAUUCAACAUCAUCUACGAGAGAAUUCAAGGUACGUUACUCUUAUGGACGAUACUGAAUUUGAAGGAAUGAGAAAAAUGUUAGACAAAAAAAUGAAGGAUCUGGCCUCAUCUGGAGUCGGAAUAGAGAGAAAACAAUCAGAGGUUAUAUCAGUGGCAAAUGAGAAUUACAUGUGGGAAAAGUGUAUACUUGGAACAGACACACCCGAAAAACUGAGAGACACUUUACUCUUUUUGCUUGGACUUAACUUUGCUCUUCGUGGAGGUGCCGAACAUUACAAUCUACGAUAUGGAGAAAAUUCACAGCUGAAACUAGGCAAAGAAAAAGAAUCUGGGCGGGAAUUCUUAGCAUAUACCGAGGAUAUCUCGAAAUGUAAUUCCGGUGGAAUAAACCAUAGGAAACUGAGAAGAAAGCAGACAAAGGCAUAUGAAAACUUGGAGAGACCAGACAGAUGUGUUGUUUCUGUAUUCAAGAAAUACAUUUCUUUAAGGCCAAAAACUGGAAAAGUCAACGCUUUGUAUUUACGCGCAAGGGCCAAGCCGUCAAACGAUGAGUGGUAUUGUGAUGUCCGAAUGGGAAUCAACACCUUGUCAAAGGUAGUGAAAAAUCUGUGUGCAAAAGCUGGUUUAGAUGGGCACUUCACAAACCACUCACUAAGAGCAACAGCUGCAACGAGGAUGUAUUCAGCAGAACUCCCUGAGCAACUCAUAUGCGAGAAGACCGGCCAUCGUUCCGAUGCUGUUCGUGAGUACAAGCGCACAAAUACUGUUCAACAGCAGGAAGCUAGUGAUGUUGUUCAACUUGGUUCAAAGAGGAAAUGUGAAAAUAUCCCUCACGGUGAUGUGUGUGAUUCUAAAUCAAUCAAAAUUAAGAAAGGAGAUAUUUCUGUGGAAAUUCCUUUAUAG